AUGAUUGAUCGACAUCAAGGGAAUGAACAAGUUCACCCGCGAGUAAUCCCCCACUCGGAAGUAAAUCGCAGAUUUAAGAGGUCCAAUUUAAACUAUCAAGAAACUGACGCCGAAAUUUUUUACAUCGACGUAAAAAAUCUUACCCUAAAGACCAAAUUCAACCGGGAUUUGGUCGUAGCAAGGAAUUACGCAGUCCAGUGGGCGACUUCCGGGACCAAAAAAAGGCCAAAAGGCGACAAGAGUCACCCGAGACUGGAACGCUGUCUUCCUUUGCACGGAGAAGUUCAAGGAGUUAAAGAUUCUUAUGUUGCUAUCACUAUCUGUAGCAAUCACUUUUAUGGGCUGCUUACGCUCGGGGAAAAAUCUUUCUUUCUCCAGCCGACGAAAGUCAAUGGGGAUCAUGUUAUGUACGAGACCAAGGAACCGUUUUUGGAGGAUAUGAAGAGCAGGUAUGACAAGAAGAUCAAAAGUCAGUUCAAGAAGUUUGAAGAAGACAACGAAAUUUAUGGAGAAGACACUCCAAAGUGCACUGCCUGGCAAAUGGACAACUCUGGCAGCCGAUUUGUGACAUUAGGCCCGUCUUCUUGCCCCGGAAACUACGACCAUCACCUAAAUCGCACGAAAAGAAGUACCAAAUUCACAAGCACUGAGCAGCCUUACAGAAUAGUAAAAGGCUGCGGAAAAAGAAGAAAAAGAGUCGUCACUAUCUGCGACACUGGGGAAAACUUCGAUAUGGCUGGGGAUGUUGCGAGCCCGCAUUAUUUUGAUACUUUAGAGUCUCAAUAUCGGCUGGGGAACGAACAGACCGAAGCUUCGAUUCCUCAUUCAGGGUCAAGUUCACAUCCCUUUCGAUCGUGGUACGAUGAGGACAAAGCAAGGCCGUUCUUAAAAGGCCGCAUCAUGAAGCGAUAUGUUCGCAAAGGAAAUUCUUUGAGCAAAUGGAUAAAGAUAGUAAUUGGUGUUGACUUCGAUGUUAUUAGAUUCCACGGCGAACUUACCGAACAAUACGUCUACACUAUUUUAAAUAUUCAACUCAUCAAAUGUUCUUUUAACAAACAGGUCAGCACGCUGUUCAGGAAAAUUUCUAUCACCAAUCUCACGAAGAUCGUGAUCAAAAGAUUAAUCAUGUACUCGAAUCCUGAGGACAGUGCAGUGCGAAGAGGAAACAUGCAGUACCCGCUGUACAAUGUAAACCUUUGGAACAGACGAAUCCACGACAGCUCAGAAGAAAAACACGAUAUGGGUUUGUGGUACACGCACUACCCUCUGGGGAACGACAUCGCUUCAGCCCCGGGGCCGUACAUGUGCAAUAAAAUGAGGUCGUGCAUUCUCGUCCAAGAUGUCGGGUGGGCUUCAGCGAUAAAAAUAGCUCACGGUAUCGGGCAUUUAGUUGGCCUGAAUCACGACGGAGAGAUUGAGACGAACAAUUACUGCGCGUCAGAAGCUCUGCUUCACGCGACAGUAAUGUCCAAAACGAUACCUACUGUUAAUCCAUCGCCCGCUUGGUCUUCGUGCUCAGUUCAGCACUACAAUGAAAUUAUAGGAGAGUUUACUUGCUUGGACCGACCGCCGACGACCGAUGAAAGCACCGCAUAUUUGCCGGGGGUAUUUUCGUUAGACGACCAGUGUCGCAUCGAGUUUGGAGACGGGUGGGUAUUCUGCAUCAGAGUUACCGUUAAAGAUCCUUGCACGGAAUUGUGGUGCAAUAGAGCUGCCAGCAGAAGACGCAGCUGCAUGACCCGCAUGACCCAGACACUCGAGGGGACGCCUUGUGGCAGAGGGAAGAGGUGCAUCAACGGGACCUGUUCCGAGCCGUUCUGGGAUUUGGAAACUCCGGAUGAUCCCGGCGAAGGAUACACCACUACUCAGCCGUUAUCUUCGACUUUCAGUUAUACCUUAAGUUCGACGCCUCCAACCACCCUUUCUUACGGGUUGGGUUUUUUACUUUUCAACCAAUACCCUGGACCUCCUUCUUAUCAAUCUCCAGGUUACGGAACCCCAUCUCCUCCAAGUUACGGAACUCCAUCUCCUCCAAGUUACGGAACUCCGUCACCUCCAAGCUAUGGAACUUCAUCUCCUCCAAGUUAUGGAACUUCAUCUCCAUCUAGUUAUGGAACACCGUCACCUCCAAGUUACGGAACACCUUCCCCUCCAAGUUACGGAACUCCUUCUUCUCCAAGUUACGGAACUCCAUCUCCUCCAGGGUAUGGACCUUCAGGUCCUCCAAGCUACGGCACACCUUCGCCGCCAAGUUAUGGAACAUCAACGCCAGAUUAUGGGACACCUUCUCCUCCAGGUUACGGACCUUCAGGUCCCCCAAGCUACGGCACACCUUCUCCUCCAAGUUACGGAACUUCGUCUCUACCAGGUUAUGGGCUUCCAGGUCCUCCAAGCUACGGAACACCUUCAUCACCUGGCUACGGUCCAUCUCCUCCAGGUGGUUAUGUACCAAGCCCUCCAGGCUAUUUACCAGGUGCUCCAAGUUAUUCACCAAGUCCGCCUGGUUCAUAUAUACCUGGAUCUCCAGCCAAUCCAGCAUUCUCCUCAAACUGGGGUAACCACGAGUCCCUAUUGAAAGUUCCGAUUGGUUCCAGGUGGAACGGUUAG